UAGCAGACCUUGGGAAGAGUAGCAGACCUUGGGAAGAGUAGCAGACCUUGGGAAGACGAGUGACGGCUCUAUCGUACGAUCGUCGUCGUCGACACACAGCCACUCACAGCUUGGCGCGUCGCCGGGCGGCGACCCGUGCGUGCUUUUUCGAAAAAUCCAAUAGUGCUUCGACCGACCGAGAUAAUCUGAACGGACACCAUUCUAGCUGCGCCAUUCCAACAUCAUCUCGUAGGAAUCAGACCACACCAUGGCAGGCAGCAAAGUGACUACUCAGCAAGCCAAGAGCUCUGGUUGGAGCGUCUUGACGGGAUUCAUCGCCGUUAUCGUUGGCAUCUUGGCCAUUAUCAAUACUGUCGACCCAUCCAGGUUCUACGUCAUGCAGCCUUCUGAGCUCCAUCAAUCUGUUCUGACGGCCCUUGAGACUGCUCAAGCGUCUCAGACGUCUGCACCUGGCAAUUUCACCAUUCUCAUUUCGACUUUGAUCGACCAACUCGUCAAGGAUCAUCCUCAAGCUAGCUUCGCAACUGAUUUUCAAGAUAAACGCGAAUGGGUAUUUAACAAUGCUGGUGGAGCCAUGGGUAGCAUGUUCAUCAUUCACGCCAGUAUCACUGAAUACCUCAUCAUCUUUGGCAGUGCUGUGGGAACUGAAGGGCACACUGGGAGACAUACGGCCGAUGAUUACUUUCACAUUUUGACAGGACAACAGACGGCAUAUGAAGCUGGAGAAUUGACAAAAAGAGUGUACAAUCCUGGCGAUGUCAACCUCAUGGAGCGGGGAGUCAUCAGGCAAUACGCUUUGGCUCCAGAGACUUGGGCCUUGGAGUAUGCUAGGGGCUGGAUCCCUCCCAUGCUCCCUUUUGGCUUUGCGGACAGCUUGAGCUCGACUCUGGACAUCCCGACGAUGUACCACACUGUCAGAAUCACUGGAAGAGAAAUGAUCAGAAACUUGCUCCGAGGCAAGAUAUAGAUAAAGGAAUGAUUCAAAGCGGGAGAUAUCAAGCUGGACAGAUGGAACUAUGACAAGAGUCGAGGGCUCCAGCGCUACAUCGUGGUCAUUGUGUACGAAUCAACGCAUAGCGACGUGACUAC